AUGCCUGCCCAAGGACACAGAUUAUACGUUAAAGCCAAGCACUUGUCUUACCAACGCAGUAAGCACCACAUUCAACCAAACACAUCUUUGGUUAAGGUGGAGGGCUGCGACUCCAAGGAAGAUGCUCAAUUUUACUUGGGUAAGCGCAUUUGCUUUGUUUACAAGUGCAACAAACCUAUCCGUGGAUCUAAGAUCCGUGUCAUCUGGGGUACCGUUUCUCGUGUUCACGGAAACUCUGGUGUAGUUCGUGCUCGCUUUGUUCACAACCUUCCUCCCAAGACCUUUGGUGCAUCCCUUCGCGUCAUGCUUUACCCUUCUAACAUCUAA